AUGUACACUGUCAAUGUGGGAGACGGGCUAGACAGCCUAGACACACCUUCCAUGAUCGUGGAUCUCGACCUCAUGGAAGCAAACAUCAAGAAGCUAUUCGACAGCCUACUACCCACCGGAGUCAACAUCCGCCCUCACCUCAAGACAACAAAGAGUGCAGCUCUUGCCGGAAAGCUUGCUGCCGCCGGUGCCAAAGGCUGCUGUGUGGCCAAAGUGUCAGAAGCAGAAGCCAUCACGGCGGCGGGCUUCGACGACAUCCUCAUUACGUGCGAAAUCAUUGGCAGACCGAAAGUGAAGCGUCUUGUUGAACUAUUUAAGAAGAACAAGAAAAUUAGAAUCGUAGUCGAUAGCGAAGUUGGUGCAACGGCAAUCAACGACGCGUUGGAGGAGGCCGGUGUCGAGGAGCCUAUUCUCACACUGAUUGACUUGGAUGUUGGACUGCAUCGGACUGGCGUGACCGCAGGCGAGCCUGCCAUGGCUCUGGCGAGACACAUUGGAAAUCUCAAGCAUCUCAACCUGAUUGGUGUGCAGGGAUAUGAGGGCCACCUGCAGCACCUCCACGACCGGGAGGACCGAAAGAGGCAGUGCCUCGAGUCCAUGAAGACGCUGACCGAGACGGCAGAAGCGCUUCGGAAAGCAGGUUUCGGCAUCGAGGUGGUCACAACCGGCGGCACAGGCACCGCUGAAUUCUGCGUUACGGUUCCAGGAGUCACGGAAUUGCAGCCGGGAUCCUUCAUCUUCAUGGAUACGGACUAUCGCAACGCCGUCGGCUCGUUCUACUCCAAUAGCUUAACGCUGUUAGCGACCGUUGUCAGCAAGCAGGGCGAGCGGCAAGUGACGAUUGAUACGGGGCUGAAGUCGUUGACGACGGACAGCGGACUUGCUGAAUGCAAAGACCGACGCUAUACCCACGCCAACCUGGGAGACGAGCAUGGUUCGCUUAGUUGGGAGGAGGAAACUCCCGCCUUGACGGUGGGAGAUCGGGUUGAAAUGGUUCCCAGUCACAUUGAUCCAACGAUUAACCUGCACGACUGGUAUUACGCCCAUCGUAAUGGGGUUAUCGAAGAAAUCUGGUCGGUUGACUCCAGAGGGAAGGUGCAAUAG